GGAUCCUCACAAUCUCUUGAAGACUCAGGAGAGCAGCUACAGAGACCACCCAGAGAACAGAGAUGCCGCUCAGCAGAGCUCUGAUUUUGGGGGUCCUCGCCCUGACCACCAUGCUCAGCCCCUGUGGAGGUCAAGACGACAUUGAGGCCGACCACGUAGCCGCCUAUGGUAUAAAUAUGUAUCAGUAUUAUGAAUCCAGAGGCCAGUACACACAUGAAUUUGAUGGUGACGAGGAAUUCUAUGUGGACUUGGAUAAGAAGGAGACCAUCUGGAGGAUCCCCGAGUUUGGACAACUGACAAGCUUUGACCCCCAAGGUGGACUUCAAGAGAUAGCUACAGCAAAAUACAAUUUGGAAAUCCUGAUGAAGUCAAAUUCAACCCCAGCUACCAACAAGGUUCCUGAGGCGACCGUGUUUUCCAAGUCCCCUGUGCUGCUGGGUCAGCCCAACACCCUCAUCUGCUUUGUAGACAACAUCUUUCCUCCUGCGAUCAAUAUCACGUGGUUGAGAAACAGCAAGCCAGUCACAGAAGGCACUUUUGAGACCAGCUUCCUCUCCAACCCUGACCAUUCCUUCCACAAGAUGGCUUACCUCACCUUCAUCCCUUCUAACGAUGACAUUUAUGACUGCAAGGUGGAGCACUGGGGCCUCGACGAGCCGGUUCUAAAACACUGGGAACCUGAGAUUCCAGCCCCCAUGUCAGAGCUGACAGAGACUGUGGUCUGUGCCCUGGGGUUGUCUGUGGGCCUCGUGGGCAUCGUGGUGGGCACCAUCUUCAUCAUUCAAGGCCUGCGGUCAGGUGGCCCCUCCAGACACCCAGGGCCCUUGUGAGUCCCACCCUGGGAAAGAAGGUGCGUGGCUCUCUACAGGGAAGAUGUAGUGUGUGGGGUGACCUCGCACAGUGUGUUUUCUGGCCCAAUUCAUCGUGUUCUUUCUCUUCUCCUGGUGUCUCCCAUCUUGCUCUUCCCUUGGCCCCGAGGCUGUCCCAUCUCAUGACUCACAUGCCCUUGGAAUUCUCCUCUGAUCUGAGUUUCAUUUUUGGCAUCUUCCAAGUCGAAUCUACUAUAGAUUCCGAGACCCUGAUUAAUGCUCCACCAAACCAAUAAACCUCUUAUAAGUU